AUAUAAGCUCAAGGGAAAAUCUUAUCACUUCGAGGCCAUUCAGUGACAAAACAGUACCAUUUUGCAACAAUGCAGCUAUCACUUCUAGUGUGUUUCAUAGCGAUCGUAGGAUUCGCGUCAGUCUACGCUCAACAAACAGGAUGUGUUCAAGAAGUCUGUCCAAGGAACGAGCGAUACCUAUGCUGUGGAUCGUGCGUCCAGCGAACAUGUGCCCUCGAGGAUGAAACCACAUGCCCGGACGUGUGCUAUCGCGGUUGCUACUGCAAGAAGGGUUUCGUGCGGAAGUACGCACCCGAUGGUCCAUGCAUUCGGUUGAAUAAGUGUCCCCGAACUAUCCCAACGCAACCGCCGAGCAAAAAGUAGUGGCGCUACCCUUUCGGUUUUAUUGCCAAACAAUCACCUUUUUUGUGGAAUUUUUCAUCACAGAUUGUUUCGCUUCAACGUAAUAAAAAUAUGUGAAAUUGGGUAUCGUGAAAGAAUUUUAUUGGUUAUGGAGGGUAAUUAAAUGUUGACCCUUUUGAAAUUUGAUCACAAAUUCUUUGCAGCUUUGGUAUCUGGGAAACCAAUAAAGCUCAACAAUGUUUCAUAUUUA